AUGGUGGAAGCGCAGAAGAUUCCAGGAUCACUGUGCGGAUCACCGGUCCCCUUCAUCCAUAAAAUAAUCGGCGAGCUCUUCGACAGCUACACGCGUGAGGAGAUCACGUAUAGUGCCCCUUGGUUCUCCUCACUCACCAACUACCUUGGGAAUUCACAAGCCCUGGACGGAGCCAUGGCCGCAUAUCUGCUACAGCUGGUCGGAAAGGCCAAAGGGGACCGGGCCCAGGUCAGCAUGAGCCGAGAUCUUUACGGCCGUUCGCUGGUCGGCCUCCAGCGUGCCCUCAACCACCCCGUGGCUUGGAAAUCGGCCGAGACACUGGCCGCCACGAUGCUGUGCUGCCUGUUUGAGCUGUUUGCCGGCACGUCAAACCCGCUCAGCUGGAUGAUGCAUGCAGCCGGCGUGUCAAAGCUUGUCCAGGCACGCGGGCCCGGCUCUUUUUCGACGCCAUUCGAGAGAGCUUCCCUCAGCUGCUUCCGCCCCCUUAUGGUUAUGCAGUCUCUUUUUUCCGGGCAGGACUGCUUCCUAACCCAACCGAGAUGGCAAGACCUCUCAUCACGGUUGUCUGGCCCGGGGGCCGGUGACGAAGGGGAAAGGGACGGGAGAGGGGCACAGGAAAAGGCGUUGGGAAUUGGACGCGUCCCCACCCCGCCUUGGGUCAGACAUCAAGAUGGUUACUUCACCUUGCUGGCCAGGGUCCCGGAGGUUCUGAGCUGGGGUUACGGCAUCCGAGAAGAGAGGCGUCACGGUAUCACUCCAGAUCCAAGCCGGGUCAGAUCGCUCAAGCAACAGGCGAGCAUGCUGCGUUCCGAGUAUUGUGAUUGGCACCGGAGGGCCCUUUAUGGGGGUGCAGUCACGCGGCCCGUCGAGGUGCCAUCAACAGGCCCGUCGUCGCCCUUCGAUACCAUCCUCGAGUUCUCUAACCCAUGGGUGGGUUCGGUAGAGAUUUCGUACUGGGCAACGAUGUUGAUUCUUCAGGAGGCGUUGAAUCAGUGUUACGAAGACGGCCAACGUCAUCAAUUUGACAAGGACAACCAAGUGCUUGCCACAGAUAUCCUGCGAGCAACGGAGUCUGUCGGGCGGGGCAUUAUGGGUCCAUAUAGGAUCUCGUACGCCCUUCGCAUCGCGUACGACUUUGUUGACUUGCCGCUUAAGAUGUGGGUUCUCUCGGCUGCAGCAAGGUACAGCCAACAAUACGCCGCAGUGUCUACCGAGACGUACCCCGGGCCAAACGCAAAUAUCGGCGUACACUCAUUUAUGAUGGACGAGGAUGACGAAUUGGCCACGGCCUUGGAGCCAACUACUAAGGACGCUGUGGAUAACAGGACAGGCUAG